AUUGCAGUGCUAUUUUGGCUUGAAAAUGACUUUUUUUUAAGAUAAUGGGAUGGCUUCUUUUUAUUUGAUCCUUUUCACUUCUUUUACAUUUCCCUUUCACUUCCCUUUCAUCCUUAUCAUCUUAUUACACUUCCUUUUGUCCUUAUUAUCCUUUUUACACUUUUUUUCAUUUCUUUUCUUUUUAUCCCAUGUCAUUUCUUUUUGUUUCCUUUUUUCUUUCAUAAUUAUUAAUGUUAUAUCUUCUUAUUUCCUUUUUUUGCUUAUUUAUUAGCAUUUUUUUCAUUUUAUCAUUGUAAUUUUUCUUUUUUUUUUAUAACUAUUUACCAUUAUUAUUAGUUUU